AUGCCUCGUGCAAUUAAAGGAGUGCUCAUCGAGUGCGAUCCAUCCGUCAAAGCCAUCAUACUGAAAUAUGACGAAGAAAGUCACGAUUACAUUGUGGAGGAUCUAGACGAUGACCGCCAUCUAGUCAUCAAGGAAAGCCAGCUACAAAACUUGAAGGAAAGACUAGGAAGGGAGCUUGAUGAGAAAGUCAUGCAGCCCGAAGAAUCAGAAUCUGAGUAA